UGUUCGCAACCUGGAAGCGACUCCUGUCUCUGCUCAGUCAGAGGAUACAGAGGAGAGCAGCAGACUGAAAUGGCACAUAUUCCCUCUGAAGUGUGUGACAUGCAGAUGAUUGGAGUCUCAGAGGGGAUGGAUCUGCUUCACAUAGAUGUGGAGAAUGAUGAGGUGGAAGACAAGCCUGGGAGAGAAGAUGCACUGUGUUCUAGGAAUGUGUUGAGGAAGCAGCGAAACUGGGAGAGGCAGCUCGCUGCAAAGAAGAGCAAAAGGAAAGAAGAGAAGCAGAGGAGGAAACUGAACCGUGAGCAGGAGUCAGGUGCCAGUGCUGACUGUCCUCAGUUUACCAAACGGGUCAUGAAGGCGAUCACAAAAGAGCGUUUAGCUGAGGCCCAGACAACAGGGUCCAAACUCUGUGUUGAUCUCAGUAUGACUGACUGCAUGUCUGACAAGGAGAUAAGCCGGCUGGCUGGUCAGUUAAGAAGGCUGUACGGGUCGAACAAGAAGGCAGCUCGACCGUUCCACCUGUUCCUGACAGACCUGAGAGAGGACAGCCGUCUCUACAGAGAGUGCAUACGGAUGAACGACGGCUUCCUCAACUACAUGAUGGACAUAACAGAAGAAAGCUGUCUGGACCUCUUUCCUACAGAAACUAUCAUCUACCUCUCUCCAGAUGCUGAAGAAGCUUUGGAAACAGUGGAUGCUGACAAGGUGUACGUCCUCGGUGGCCUCGUGGAUGAAAGCAUCCAGAAGAAGUUGAGCUUCUCGCGGGCUGGAGAACUGAGCGUCCGCACGGCGAGGCUGCCCAUAGACGAGUUCAUGGUGAAGAAAAACAACGCCAAGAAUUUCCACUCAAAGAUCCUGGCAGUUAAUCAAGUGUUCGACAUCUUGUUGACUUUCUGUGACACGGGCAGCUGGUCAGACGCCCUGCAGGCAUGGUUUCCCCUGGGGAAGGGUUACGUUGUUGCACCAGAUGAUUCCUCGCCACUUCCUGUAACACAGACUUUGGAUUAAUGGCGUCGUUUUCAUUUCAGAAGCUGAUGUGGACGGACACUAAGAGAGAAAGACUAUACGUGUUAAUUACCUAAGGGGAGCUGACAUAAUGUUGCCUGUUUAGGAAAGACAGCAAACUGUUGUUCAACAUAUCUGGUCAUUUUUACACUGAAACCAAAUAAUGUCAUAUCUUGGGAGAUGAUUAUUAGUUCUCAUCUGACUUCAGGGUCAAAACCGAGAAGCAUUUGUGACAUUUUCUCAAGAGUAAUUUUUAUGCAGUUCAGCAGCAGUGAACAAGAUCAUUUUUACUUUAUUAUAGUAAACAAAUCCCUGAGGUUUGUCCUCAUAAAUUGACCAGGAAUGGAUCGUUUUCUGUGAGCGUUCCUGCAGAGAAUAUUAAUCUAAUCAGUUCUUGUACAUAAAAUCCUAAUAUAAAUAUACCGUAGUUUUGUGUGUUCAGCAUGAUUGAUUACAGAGAAAAUAUUUUGCAACAGAAGCUGAGAAAAUAAAUGCAGCAACUCUGCUACCAGGUGCAAUUUAGCAAUGAAAUGGUUUAAAAGAGCGAGGAUGUGUUGGAGGAUAACCUUCCUUCAGGUCAUGCCUGCAUUUUUAGAGAUUCUUCAAAUAGCUGGUAUAUUUGUUAUCCACCAUCUUUUCAAAGGUUUUGUUUCUUGUUUGAAAACAAUCUGAUCUUUUCUAGACCGAUUCAUCUUCUGGCUCCUAAAUGACUGUUGGCAGAGAAACCAGAGAUGAACAUCGACUGCAGUGUUUCCUGCAUUUUCUGGUCCAACUAGCUUGAUCGAGUCUUUCUGUAUAUUUGUAUUGCUUGAAAAUCUUUAUUAAUAAUCUUAAAAUGAAUCUCUCAAAAUCCCUGAAUCACCCGAGUGUCACCAUUGAUGUUUUUUUUUAAAUCAUCCUUUGUCCUGUACUGGUGUAUUCAGCAGACUAGAUUGCUGCAGUGUUUUUUUUAUUUUCACCUACUGGUUCUCAGGCUUCUCCAAUGAUAAAUAUCAAAACACACUUUAAGAUUUUGAUCUUGCUCCAUGAUGCUGUUUUUCCAGCCUGGUCCUGAAUCAUGAUCUCCUUGGAGAAUCGUAACAGAUUUCUCAGGACAACUAUCUCCUUCAAAAUCCUAGAUUUCAAUCAAAUUGUAGAAACAGAGCCUUCGGUAUUCAUGCAUGUGAAGCGUGAAACAACCUGUCUGCUGUUUGAGGUUUGUGUGUGUGUGUGUGUGUGUGUGUGUUUAUAUGUAGUUGUCUGGAUGCAGGUUUAACUUGUCUCAUCACACGUUUGAGAUAUUUUUGGAUGGCAUUGUGUUAAACAAACAUGAAUGUCUCUUGUAGGUUGCAACCAUUCCCUCCUUUUAUGGGAAGUUUUUUACUGUUUAUCACCAUUCUAAUAAUAACUAAAAUAACUAAGAUAAUAACUAAAAUAACUUAGAUAAGAAGACAGGAAAAGAAAUCUACUUCCCUUCCACAUGGCAGCUCUGAUACUCCCUGACAUUAUUUCUUAAGAGUUACAGAUAUUUUUGUGGGAAAAAUGUUAAAUGAAAUGUAACGGAAACCCUUUUGUUAAAUGACAGAGCACAUGAAUCAAUGACAAGAUGAAUAAACAGCAUAUCUGCAGAAGAAAAA